UGAGGCUGUCUCAUGCCGCCCCACCCCCCCACCCCCCCAGCUUUCCCCCACCAUCCCCAUCCCCGCAGCUCCCUCCUUCCUCACUCAUUCACCAGCCCCAUGCUGGCCACUGCUGGUACCCAAAGGCCUUGACCGCAAACGAACCACCAUAGCUCAUGAGAUGGGGCCUUGGCCUGUGUGGGUGUGGAUCAGGGCGGGCUGCCUGGAGGAAGGGGCCUCGGAGCUGUCAGGCAGGCAUUGCUGGCAGCGGCGGAAGGCGGCAGACCAGGCCCAGUGUCCACCAUGCUCUCUGUGACGCCCAUCUCUGGUUGCCUUGGUUUCCCCAUCUGCCCCUGCCCACCCCCACCUCCCCCCAUUACCCGGAACCCUGACCAGUGGGUGGGCCACAGCCUGGAAUCCGCUGCCUGGAGUAACCGGAGAAACAGAACUCCGCAGGACUCUGUGCCUCCGCUCUGGGUGGGCUGCCUGUGCUCCCACUUGCUGCCCUCCUGGCCUGCGCGGCCAGGCCCCCGCCUCCCCAUGCAGCACCCCAAACACUUCUACGCACCCGCCGCUCCCCAAGAAGGCUUCAGUCCCCAGAGCCUGGACGCCACCGAAGGGCCCGGCAGCCAGCCUGCUUCUGCCUGCACAGAGCCUCUUCCUGUUGUGGGUUCCUCCAACGUCUGUCACCCCCCAAACCUGGAGAAAGAGGUGUUUCCAGCUCCUCCAGCAGGUUUCCAGAUGGCUCCCUGCGGCUGCUUCUUUGACCCCCGCGUCUACCGAAUCGAGUGGACCACCACCGACUUCGACCAGUCGUCCCUGUACAAGCUGGCGGCCAGGGGCCCCGCCUCGCCGGGCACCUACUUCCUGGACGCACAGCACUGCCUCAGGGCCCCGGUGCCGCCCCCACUGUUACCCCACUACCAGCCGCCCCCCGCGGGGCCCCGGUACCGCAUGCCCUGCUUCCCGCCCGAGGGGCCCGGGCCCGAGGCCCUGGGCUUCGUAGGGGACGGAGUGCCCCCCGCCUUGGUCAAGCAAGGCCUGGCGCCCCUGCUGCCCCCCAAGGAGAGCGAGCUGCCCCCGCUGCUCAUCACGCUGCCCGCCGAGGCCACGCUGCCCCCUGGCGCCUAUGGCCCUCUCAGGGGCCGCUUGACCCAGCUGGAUGGGCCCGGCGAGCCCCUGACCUUCACCUUCAAGGAGCCGCCCCCUGGCGCCGGGCCCGGCCUGCUGUACCCGCCGGGCCCCACCGAGCCCAAGGCGGCCCCGCCGGGGGCAGGCGAGGCCAGGACCCCUGAGGUGGCCAGGGCCUUCACGCCGCCCAAGAAGGUGAUGCUCGAGGACGCGAUGAAGCUCUUUGACUGCCUGCCGGGCGGCCCCGAGCCCGCCGGGGCCCCAUGCAAGUCCCCUGGGCCUGCCCUGCCCAACAGCGGGGGCAGUGGGAACGACUCGUUCAGCGACAUCCGCUCAUUGCACCUGCCCGACGAGCUGCUGUCCUCGGACUACAGCGUGCCCGAGGUCCUGGAUAUCGUGUCCGACAUGGACUUCUUUUACAACUUAAAGGCGCUGGACGAGGAGCCGCCACCCUGCCCGGGGGUGCCCCCCACCGCCAAGCCCGGCAAGAGGAAGGCCGGCAACCCGACUGCCAGGAAGGGGAGGCAGGGCAGCAAGGGCAAGCAGGCUGUGGUCCCCACCAGCGCCACCCCAUUGGGGCCCAGGCAGGACCUGGGAGCCGCCCCCCAUUAAAGCAGGUUUGAGCUGUUUGCGCAGUGUCCGGUCGGUGGCAUUCGGGGGCCGUGGGCUGUCCCCUCGCCCGCCCUGUCGUCCAGUGGGCCCCAGGCCACGUGGUGAGGCCCCUCAGGACCCUGGCACCUUCUGGGUACCGGCCUUCCAGAGUAGAGACGGGGAGCCCUAGACUUGGGGUUCGGGACAAUCCCUCGUCUCCUAGCACCAGAAAAUCCAAGUCAGCCGGCAGGGAUGGGGGGCUGCUAGGAGGUGGGGAGACACUGCCCAGACUCCUGUACUGCAAGGAUUUCACCUCCAUGUUUGAUGGGGAAAGUCAGGUCUGCCCAGAGAUGGGCAGGAACUUGCCUGGAGACACAGCAGCAAGCGGGGUGAGGCCUGGGGAGAGGCCUGCGGGCUGAGCUCGGCCUCAGCCCAGGUGGAGGGGCGGGUGUCGCCGAUGGUGAAUGGGAAGGCGUCUGCUCGUGUUCACGCGGAGAGCUGGGGGGCCUGGGGUGCAGAGGCAAGUGCUGGGUGGAGGUCUGAGCGUGGGGGCAGGGCAGGCAUGUGGGAGACGGUGUCCACCUGGCACACGGGUGACCCAAACGGGCAUGCACGUGAUGGGGCGUGCAGAGUGCACCUGCAGCAGCGGCAUUGGGACAUCUCGUCGUUGAUGGUCCCCCAGGUGCCUGGAGCCCUGCAGUCCCCCACGGAGCCCCUGCCUCUUCACGUCCCCCCAGCUGGGGGCCAGAGGCCAGGGUGGGCGUGCCUGUCCCAGGAUGGGCAUCCAGCCAGGCCCUCCCAGGAUGGGCAUCCAGCCAAGCCCCGGGUGCCGAGUCUCCGCCUCGGGCCCAGCCACACCUGGGUUCUGC